CAUUUUACAAAUCGCACAGUGUAGUUAACAGUAUUUCAUUUUACAUGUUAAGUUCGCAAAUCUCAAAAUUCUAGAUGAGGUUGGUGAGUAAAUGGAACUAUGCGGAUUUGGUCUUGUUGGUUUCCCCUGUUUCAUGAAAUUCUACAAGAGAAUGAACACUCACAACGCAGCAAGGAUUCAAUAAGCUAGUUGGUGCUGCCCGAGACGAGGCUGUGGAGGCCAAGUCGGUAGUGGGUACAGCGGAAAGAACCCACAGCAUCAUUCUUAGCUCUCUCAGACCGCCAAGGUAGUGAACAGGUCCAGCAGGCAGUGAGUGGAUCAAGUAUGUAGCAGCUGCAUCGUGGUUCCUGAUCAAGUCGUUCAGCCUGCAUUCCCCCGAAGUACAGAUACAGUGUGACAUGUUGUUUACGAAUGCAUGAGGACCUCCAUCUUGGCCAGGAACAAAGGAGCAUCCACAACACCCCCUCCCCCCACAAUCCUUCGCACUGCGUCCCAGAGAGCCUGGCGCUGUGUUCACACGGCGACCCCAGCCAAGUGCCCUGGGUUUUCCUGCUGCACAGGGCCUGAGCUAGUGGGGGGGAGGCAAGGCUAAAGCACCAGCUGGCGGCAUGAGGCCCCCGUGCUGACGGCUAUUGGAGACGCUGUUCCCCGUCCGCUCACCCGGCUGGAUGUACGAGCCCGCGGGGUGGCCUCUGCCCAGAGUCAACAGCGGAAUCCACCACGGCGGCCGCCGAGAGACCCGCAGACAUGCCCACCGAGACGCUGCAGCCAGAUAGCAAGUCGGCUGGUCCGGGGGGCGGCUUCGCCUCCGCCGUGCCCCUCCGCAUUCUCAACAAGGGUCCUGACUAUUUUCGGCGGCAGGCUGAGCCCAACCCCAAGCGCCUAAGCGCCGUGGAACGGCUGGAAGCUGACAAGGCCAAGUACGUGAAGAGCCAGGAGGUGAUCAAUGCCAAGCAGGAGCCCGUCAAGCCGCAGGUGCUGGCCAAGCCCCCUGUCUACCCCAUGCCCGUGAAAAGGAGCGGUGGCAAUGGCUCCACCAUCAAGGCCUCCAACAACAACGCCAAGUCGGACACAUGUGCCACCACCACCAAGCGUGAGAACCUCAACCUGGAGAUCCUGAAGAACAUUCUCAAUAGCUCGUCCUCAUCUGAGGGCCCUGCUAAGGGCUCUGCCCACAAGGUAGGGACACGGAGCUGGGCACCUCACCGCUCUUGUGAGCCCUCAGAACCCGGGCGACGCUCAUUCACUGAGUCACUUACCGUGCCGGUGGCUGGCUUGCAGGGGCGGUGGAGCCCACAGGGUGACAACCUGAACCUGAGCCGGCGGCUGCUGGAAGAGCGCUCAGCAGAGGGCUCGGGCGAGCGCUCGCCGCUGCACGCCUCCCACAGCUCCUCCGAUAUCCGGCGGCUGUGCAACGGGAAGCCAUUCCGCUCAGCCCGCAGCAGCAGCAGCUCUGCCCCUCCUCUCCCCCCCAAACCCAGCGCCAAGGCCGUAGCUGCCUGCGACAACCUGGGCCGCUCGCUUGACCGCAACACUCUGUCAGGCACGCCAGGUGAUCUGGAGCUGGAGGGCUCGGUGGCCCGCCGGCCCUCGCUGCACCGCUCCAAGUCAGACCUGAGUGACCGCUAUGCCCGGGCGGGUGCUGACGUUGAGCGCUUCUUCAACUACUGCGGGCUGGACCCUGAGGAGCUGGAGAGCGUCGGGGUGGAGAGCUUUGCUCGCGCCAACUCUGACAUUGUCUCGCUCAACUUUCGCAGUGCCAGCAUGAUCAGCUCAGACUGCGAGCAUUCGCGCCACAGCAAUGAUGACCCGUCCGAUGAGGACGAGGAUCCUGCUGAGCGCGUGCCCUACGGCAUCUCGGCUGUCGAGCGCAAUGCCCGUGUCAUCAAAUGGCUCUACAGCAUCAAGCAGGCACGUGAGUCACAGAAAGUCUCGCACGUUUGAGAGAGCUCGCAUGGACAUGGACUUCACCUCCACGCUCAGACUUGCUACCUGCUUAUUGUGGCAUUGCACUGUCUUUGAAUCUUGAAGGACUGAUUGGCAAAGCCUUUUUGUGUUUUUUUUUCUUAGUUUACAGCUUUUUUUAAGUCGCUUUUUGAAUUCAGUGUCUUUGGAAAAUGCAUGACCCCUUACACUCUCACUAACCCCUCCCCAUAGCCUCCAUUUAACAUGUUGUUGAGGUAUAAGUAUGUGUCAGAAGAUGUCCUUUAUUCUGCAGAGAAGAACCUGCAGCGUAUUUCUUCAUGAUUUUUUUCUUUCUGCCUCUAAAUCAGUGUUACGAUGGCAGCUCCUUCGAUGUGUGUUCUUUUGUCGAUGUAGUGCUGUUAUGCUGUUCAGCACACAGCUGGAAAGCUGUAUGGGUGUGAGUGCAGAGAACCAGUGUGUUUAGGUGUUUUUUUUUGUUUUUUUGUUUGCUCCCUCUUGCUCCCUCACCCUGUUUUUGAUCCGUUCUCAUGAGGUGUUAUGACACGUGCGUGUAUAUAUGUGUGAGCAGACACUGCAGAAGCAUGUUUCAGCCCAGUCUCCACCCCAUCCAAGAAACCUCCAGAAAACUCUCCCACUUUUGGCAGACUUGUGGCUUUUCUCAGUCAGCCUUACACUGGUUGGAUAGUUCAAGCAUCAUAACACCUUACAGCAGCAUUCUGUCGUCCAUAAUGUUCCCUUUCUUAACAGUUUAAUUUUCUUUGUGGUAAGUAUUGUUUGACCAAUGUAAAUGCUCUAUGAAUAUGUAUAUAAUUUUGAAGUCAUCAGCAAAAAAAUUUAUAAUAAUAAAAAUAAAGUGUUGUGUGCUGAAUAUCUGCUGCUGCCACCUGGAGCUGUCCCCCUGGUCUGUCCCCUGCCACAUGUAGCUGUCCCCCUGGUCUGUACCCUGCUACCUAUAGCUGUCCUGAUGGUCUGCACCUUGCCUCUGUCCAUGGUUAAUUUUUGUACAACACAGCUGAUAGAACAACUUGUAUGCUGGAUAUAUUCAAGUUGGAGCCGUUACAUAAAUACAUCAUCAAGAUUUGUUUGCAUUUAGUUAUUUUUCAUUUCAAUAAAUGGCUAAUUUUGCCAUCUUUUGCCACCUGUCACAUGGUA